GAGUAACAAUACUAGUUAAGGAAUCAAUAUUUAGAAAGUUUUUAUUAAAAACUAAAAUCAAGUUACAUGAAAGAUGUUCAAUAAAAACUUUCUACUUAUGAUUCCUUAAUCAAUGCUUAAGGACACUGGUAAGCAUUUUUCUUAUUUUUAUUUUCCUACCUUGAGAAGAAUUAAUUAGGCUCACAUCCAUAAGUAGAAGAGCAGGCGAAACGAAAAUAGUAUUAGAAGUUGGUGGCUUCAGUCUCCAUAUUUCAGAAUAAUUGUUUGCCACCCUUUUGCUGAACUUUAUGCUUUCUCGUUACUGAAGAGCUGGAUCCAUGCCCCUUUCUAUGUUUUGUGUGUUGUUAAUCUGAAAAUUGAGUAGUGUUGUGUGUUAAGAGUGAUGGAUAGCUCCGAGAUCAAGUCACCACAAGAAGGCUCCCAUCAGGGGACACCCGGCACUUCAGUGAAUAGAAAGAAGCUUGCAAUUUACUUCAUUGAGUCCGAAGAUAGAAGGAUGGCCUUUGGUCGUGGGUACACAGCAGGAUCUACACCAGUUGAUAUCCAUGGCAAAUCCAUUGUUGAUCUUUCAAAGACUGGUGGUUGGAUUGCUGCUUUCUUUAUAUUUGGAAACGAGAUGGCAGAAAGAAUGGCUUAUUUUGGUCUUUCGGUUAACAUGGUGGCCUUUAUGUUUUACGUGAUGCAUAGACCUUUCACGAGUUCUUCCAAUGCAGUCAACAAUUUCUUAGGAAUAUCACAAGCUUCCUCUGUGCUCGGUGGUUUUCUAGCCGACGCAUAUCUUGGACGCUACUGGACAAUAGCUAUUUUCACCACUAUCUAUCUUGCGGGUUUAACAGGAAUAACACUAUGUGCAACAAUAAGUAAGUUUGUGCCAAACCAAGCAGAUUGCGACCAAUUUUCUCUGCUGUUGGGGCACUGUGAGCCAGCAAAACCGUGGCAGAUGACUUACCUCUACACGGUUCUAUACAUCACAGCGUUCGGAGCAGCAGGGAUAAGGCCAUGCGUGUCAUCUUUUGGAGCAGACCAGUUCGAUGAAAGAAGCAAAAACUACAAGGCACACCUGGACAGAUUCUUCAACUUCUUCUAUCUGUCAGUGACCAUAGGGGCCAUAGUGGCCUUCACUGCAGUGGUGUACGUGCAGAUUCAGUAUGGAUGGGGUUCUGCAUUCGGGUCACUGGCAAUUGCGAUGGGAAUAUCCAACAUGGUGUUCUUCAUUGGCACUCCCUUGUACAGGCACAGGUUACCAGGAGGUAGCCCUCUUACAAGGGUUGCUCAAGUCUUGGUCGCUGCAUUUCGAAAGAGAACCUCCCCUUUUGGUAGCAGUGACUUCGUUGGCCUUUACGAGGUUCCUGGCAGACAGUCUGCUAUCAAGGGAAGUCGAAAAAUUGCUCACACCGAUGAUUUCAGGUGUCUUGACAAAGCAGCUCUGCAACUGAAAGAAGACGGUCCUAACCCGAGUCCUUGGAGGCUGUGCAGCGUGACACAAGUAGAAGAAGUGAAAAUCCUGGUGAAACUGAUCCCCAUACCAGCAUGCACAAUAAUGCUGAACGUGAUCUUAACAGAGUUUCUCACUCUCUCAGUCCAGCAAGCAUACACACUCAACACUCACUUGGGCCAGUUGAAGCUCCCAGUGACAUGCAUGCCAGUGUUCCCAGGCCUCAGCGUUUUCCUCAUAUUAUCUCUCUACUACUCCCUCUUCGUCCCCAUCUUCCGACGCAUCACGGGCCACCCCCACGGCGCCUCGCAGCUCCAGAGGGUCGGAAUUGGGCUUGCAGUCUCCAUUCUCUCGGUUGCAUGGGCCGCAAUAUUCGAAAAAUACAGAAGAAGCUACGCCAUAAAACAUGGGUACGAGGCUAGUUUUCUGACAGCAAUGCCUAACUUAAGUGCCUACUGGUUGCUGAUCCAGUACUGUCUCAUUGGCGUGGCUGAAGUCUUCUGCAUCGUUGGCUUGUUGGAGUUUCUCUACGAGGAAGCCCCUGAUGCAAUGAAGAGUAUAGGCUCUGCUUAUGCUGCACUUGCUGGUGGAUUGGGUUGCUUUUUCGCUACUAUCAUAAACAACAUUAUUAAAUCUGUUACUGGGGAUUUGGAUCACGGCAAAGAAUCUUGGUUGUCGCAGAACAUCAACAUUGGUAGAUUUGACUACUUUUAUUGGCUUCUCACGGCUCUCAGCAUUCUCAAUUUCGCUCUUUUUAUGUAUUCAGCUCAUCGGUACAAGUACAGGGCACAGCAUGUUCAUGAGAUGGAGAAACAUGAAAUGCCAUACAAUGGGACUUGAAACGUAUUGGGAAUCACAGAUUAUAUGAGUGCUGAAUCUCAUUUAAACUCACUAAAAUUUGUGAUUUUUUAUUCAUACUAUAUAAACUAGUAUUAAUAAGAAUAGUAGCAUUUUUCUGUAUUGGAACUUAUGCCAACACAAAGUGCUGUCUUUGUUC